AUGCCCGGUGACCUCAAGGCCCUCAUCCUCGUCGGCGGCUUCGGCACGCGUCUCCGCCCCCUCACCCUCACCUACCCCAAGCCCCUCGUUCCCUUUGCCAACAAGGCCAUCAUCCUCCACCUCGUCGAGAACCUCGUCAAGGCUGGCGUCAAGCACAUUGUCCUCGCGGUCAACUACCGCCCGGAGGUCAUGAUCUCGGUGUUGAAGCAGUACGAGGAGAAGUACAACAUCACCAUCACCUUCUCGGUCGAGAACGAGCCUCUCGGCACGGCUGGCCCGCUCGCGCUCGCGCGCGACGUCCUCGGCAAGGACGACGCGCCGUUCUUCGUCCUCAACUCGGACGUGACGUGCUCGUACCCGUUCGAGGAGCUGCGCGACUUCCACCUCGCGCACGGCGGCGAGGGAACCAUCAUGGUGACCAAGGUUGACGAGCCGUCCAAGUACGGUGUCGUCCUCACCGUCCCGGGCCAGAGCACGAUCGACCGGUUCGUCGAGAAGCCCAAGGAGUACGUCGGAAACCGCAUCAACGCCGGAAUCUACAUCUUCAACCCCUCGAUCCUCGACCGCAUCGAAGUCAAGCCGACCUCGAUCGAGUCCGAGAUCUUCCCCGCCAUGGCGCGCGACCGCCAGCUCCACUCGAUGGACCUCGAGGGCUUCUGGAUGGACAUCGGACAGCCCAAGGACUACCUCACCGGAACGUGCCUCUACCUCUCGUACCUCACCUCGAAGAAGUCGCCCGAACUCGCAGACCCCGCCAAGCACGACGCCGUCGUCGCCGGCAACGUCAUCAUCCACCCGACCGCGACCGUCGACCCCACCGCCGUCAUCGGACCGAACGUCAUCGUCGGUCCCAACUGCCAGGUUGGCGCGGGUGCCCGACUCCAGCGCUGCGUCUUGCUCGACGGCGCGCGUGUCAAGGCGCAUGCUUUUGUCCAGUCCAGCAUCAUCGGAUGGUCUUCCAGCGUCGGCAGGUGGGCCCGAGUCGAGGGAACGACCGUUCUUGGCGACGAUGUGGCGGUCAAGGACGAAGUGUAUGUGAACGGAGCCUCGGUCCUCCCGCACAAGUCCCUCUCGUCGUCCAUUUACGAGCCCUCCAUCGUCAUGUAA